CCCACCCCUCCCAGCGGCGCUGCCGGGCGGGCGGGCGCGGCCGACGGGGCGCACCGCGGCGGCUCCUCGGCGAGCGCCCCCCGAGCGGUCACCGCCACGGCCGCCGGCCCCCGCCCAUGGGCGCGGCGCGGGGCGCGGGGCGGCGGCGGGGAAGGAGCGCGGAGUAGCGGCGGCGGCGGCUCCGCACCCCGCGGGCCAGCCCCGGGCAUGCGGCGGCGGCGGCGGCGGGACCCGCGGCGAGACUCCCCGCAGCGCGGCGGCUGCAUGCCCCGCGGGUCCGGGCGGCGCUGCCCCGGCGCGGGGGGGCUCUGACCGCCCUCCCGCCGCCUCCCCCCCCCCCCCUCCCCUCCCCGGCGGCGCCAUGCGGGGCGGGCGGCGCUGGCGGCUGCUGCUGCUGGCGGCGGCGGCGGCGCUGGGCUGGCUGCUACCGGCGGGGGCCGCCGCCAGCGGCGAGUACUGCCACGGCUGGCUGGACGGGCAGGGCGGCUGGCGGGACGGCUUCCAGUGCCCCGAGCGCUUCGACGGCGGCGACGCCACCAUCUGCUGCGGCAGCUGCGCCCUCCGGUACUGCUGCUCCAGCGCCGAGGCGCGCCUCGACCAGGGCGCCUGCGACAACGACCGGCGGCAGGGCGGCGGCGAGGCCGGCCGCCCCGGCAAGGACGGCCCCGACGGCGCGGCAGUGCCCAUCUACGUGCCGUUCCUCAUCGUUGGAUCUGUAUUUGUCGCCUUCAUCAUCUUGGGGUCGCUGGUGGCAGCUUGCUGCUGCAGGUGCCUGCGGCCCAAGCAGGAGCCCCAGCAGAGCCGAGCCCCUGGGGGCACCCGCCUGAUGGAGACUAUCCCCAUGAUCCCAAGUGCCAGCACCUCCCGGGGCUCCUCCUCCCGCCAGUCAAGCACCGCUGCCAGCUCCAGCUCCAGCGCCAACUCGGGGGCCAGAGCCCCCCCGACCAGGUCCCAGACCAACUGCUGUUUGCCAGAAGGGACCAUGAAUAACGUCUACGUCAACAUGCCGACGAACUUCUCGGUGCUGAACUGCCAGCAGGCCACCCAGAUCGUGCCGCACCAGGGGCAGUACCUGCACCCCCAGUACGUGGGCUACGCUGUGCAGCACGACUCGAUGCCCCUGACCCCGGUGCCCCCCUUCCUCGACGGUUUGCAGAGCGGCUACAGGCAGAUCCAGUCUCCCUACCCACACACCAACAGCGAACAGAAGAUGUACCCAGCUGUGACUGUGUAGCGCUGACGCCUGCCUCCCCCUCCCCACCUGACAGAUUUUAAUAUCUAAACUGAAUGGAGGAGAAAUACUUCCUUGGAAUGAAGCUCCCAGAACAUCACUUGUAAAUAAUUUUGAAAGGCUCAUGCAUGUCAGACAGUGUUUAUAAACCAUUUAUUUUCAUCGGGUUCCGUUGCCAGAAACUGUAGGAUGAUAUCUCUGAAUUAACGUUGCCAGAUAUGCUCUCAUUCCAGUGCUUGAUUUACAGCGGUGAAGGAUUACGCUGAAAAUGCAUAUGUAUUUCAGAUCACUGUACUUGUGAGAUAAAUGCCGGAGCCAUUAAGUGCCCUUCAGGUAUGACAUGGUCAGAAGUAUUUGCCUAAUUAAUUUGUAGAAAGAGUUUUGUUACACUGUACAAGACCGCAGUACUUAAGAAACCUCUUUUCUCCUCUCCCAGCUCCUCAAUGACAUUUCCCGUUGCUUUACAGACAAUCACAACCCCGAGCCGAACGGUGCAAUCCCUGCGUGCCGGGUGCUGGUACCAGCCCCCGUGGUUUCUUAUGCACCCCUGGUUUGGGGUGAAAUGCCGUGAAAGGCUUAGUCUUGCAAUGACCAAUUUUCCUUGUCCCUGGUAUUUAUGUAGGAAUGAGAGGAGUGUGAAUUAUUCGGCUCUUCCCUCCAGUGCACUUGAAACCCUUCUUGAUGUGGUUUUGCUUCAAGAUCAGGACCCAGUAGUGGUUUGCACAGACUUUACCUUCGUGAACUUUUUACUGAAAACAGGGUACGAGGCACUUGCUCUCCCUGACACUCAGCAAAGCUUUUGGUGCAGCUAGCAGCAUCUGAGCUGAAACCGCCUUUGCUGAGCAAGGGCGUACUGUGACUCCGAACACGCCUGGUGUAACCUCAUUUCCCAUGAAACAGUAAACCCGUGUGAACGUGCAUGAAGUCGUCAGCCCCAAACCCUGCUUGAGAUCGUGUCUCACUGUAGGAAAAUGGGCCUUGUGCCCCCCCGCCAGCCCACUCUGAGUCCCCAGCCCUCGUCUGGGUGGGAAGGGGGUGUCACACAAAACCACCACACCCUGGAUACAGAGGGGCUGGUGGGGGUUUGAAACCCAUCCCCUUUUCUUCUUUACCUGUGGGGCAGGGGAUGAGGAAGGCACAGCUAUAGUUAAAAAUAAGGAAAAAGGCACAACCAAAGGAUGAAGGUGCUUGUGGCUCUCUGUGAUGCCAUGGGGGUUGGGGAGGUGGCGCAAGGUAGGGCGGGGGGGCGAUGGCACUUUGCACUGGAGCUGCUGGCCCCAUCUUGCUUUGCUUCACGUGGGGGAAAAAAAAAUACCUUUCCAUGUUGAAGGGGCAACAGAGUACUGGGAAUAAUCAGACCAUGCUAACUGCAAUACAGCACCCGGGUGCAACAAACUAGUUAAGGCUUGUUUUGGCUCUUAAAAAAAACCCCAUAGUCUCUGCCUUUCCAUCCAUUUGUUCUUCAGCCAAAACACCGCAACAGAGGACUGAGGGCAUUUACCAAAACCGGGCAAUUACUGUAACUAGACCAGAGCUGAUAAAAGGUUUCUUAUUGCCUGAUACUGUAUCAGUAUGUAGCAAUAACUGUGAUACUACUAUUUUUUGUAUGUCUGUUUUUAAAUUACGCAUACGUGCAGAUGCAUUGCCGAAUCCAAUGGUUUACUUGUAAACGCCACACACAGGCAGUCUGCAGCAGGCAGGAAUGGUUUGACCACUGACAUAGGAAAAUGAAUAAGUAAUUUACCCUGGAUCUGCUGUUCCUGGCUGCGAUCUCCCAUUCAGUGCGUAGGACCUGGACAGAAACAUUGACUAACGAGACCCGGCUUCCCCUCCAGCCAGGCUGGGUGGCUUUGGCAAGGCAGCAACCGGCUGCUGGAGGCGUUGGGCGACUGCCUUGCUCUGCCUGCACAGCUUGGUGCUUCUUCACAGGCAGGAGGUGCACCGGAGCUGGGUGUUGCCAGGCUUUUGAAGGACCGAACAUGCUCUGGGGGUCUCAUGGGGAUUUACAUUUCUACGUGCCCAUGUUGCAGCUUGGUCACACUGACCUUGCAAAGCUGGGUUUGCAGCAGGCGUAGGGGCUUGGAUGCCUUCAGCAGCUGGAGGCACUUGGCCCAGGUGAGACCCAGCCUCUUACUGCAUGGCCAGACAAGCAGCCCAUCCACGCGCUCGUGAUCUUUCCCAACUGUGAACCAAGUCAGCUCUCGCCCGCCCCGCCAGCGCACGCUGCCUGCCUUGCAUGUGCCCUGGUGAGGACACCUCCUCUGACCUAUGAAAUUCAGGUGAAUCUCUUUGUAUAUUGUUUACUUGUUGUUUUUUUUUUUAAAAAAAGAAGAAUAAGUUAAAUCUAAGUCUGUAGAAAUUAAUUUACAACCGAAGGCAGAGGGACCUGAGUUGUAAUAAAAGGAAGUUUGUGAGAUGUGGUGGGGUGUCUUUUUUUGUUUUGGGUUUUGUUUUAUUUUUUAAUGUCAUGUACAAUAAUGUAAAAUCAAUGUUACCAUUUGAUACAGCUUUUAAAUCUCUGAAAGAGCACUUGCUUUAAAGUGUUUCUUACAAAUGAAGAAAAAAGCCCCCUUUGUUUCUUAAUAAAUACUUUAUGGUGUGA